AUGGCUAAGAGACCAUUUGUGGAGUUCCUUCUGCAGCUUAUCAACUUCAUUUUCUCCCUCUGUGGCCUAGGUGUACUGUUUUAUGGGCUAUUUUGUUUGAUCAAGUGGAAACAGCAGGCUUCAGUGCAAUCUGAUCAUCAUGAUACUGACGAAGCAGAGCACCCAAUCGACGAUUGCUCGAUAUUGAUCCAUCGCCAGUGUUGUCUGAUAGGCUUCCUACAGCUUGAAUUAGCAGUUGCAGCUUUCAUGAUCAUUGAUCACAGCUGGAACAAGGUUGUGCCUGCAGAUAGAAGUGGCAACUUUUACUCGGUCUACUACUUUUUGAACAAGAACUGGACAAUCAUGAGAUGGAUUGCUCUUGCGGUUCUUAUCUUACAGGUUAUUGCUCUACUACUAGCUUUGUAUUUACGGUACGUGUUCAGCCGAGCCAAACAUGUGAGCAGCGACGAUGAGAGUGUUGACUAUCCUCGAAAAUUACAAGCAUUUGUUGGGAGGAAGAGUAAGUAA